CACGGCAUUCUCUUCCUGAAAACACCCACUAACAAGAAAGUCACACCGUACCAACUCAACCAUAAAUGAUAAACCUCUCUCUCUUCUCUUGUUAAUCAAUUAGAAUCAGAUUCUUUCUUCUUUCUCUCUCCGUUUUAGUUGCUAUGGAAAAUACUAAGAAGCGAGAGGUGAGGGAGGGUGAAGAUGAUGAAGAUGAAAUGAAGAUGGAGAAGUUUUACGCGCUGUUAAGGAGCUUCCGAGACGCGCGUGAUCGGCGGCGAAGGGAGUUGGAAAAAGAAAAACACGAGAGCCGCCACAGCUGGAAGAAGAUGAAGACCACCGCCGCAACAACCAAGGACAAUAAAUCACAAGUUUCUUUUGAAUUUCAGGACUUCACCACCGAGAUUCAUUUCAGAAAGCCACCUUUGACUUUUGCAAAUCCAGUUGCAUCAUGUGACACUAGUAUCAAAGACGACAACAAAGGUAAGAAGAAGGAACAACAGGAUCUUGCUCUCGACCUCAAACUCGCUCUCUAGUACCAAUCAUGGACCUUCAAUUGUGUAUAUAUUGCAAUGAUGCAAUUCGCAAAUAUCUACAAUUUGUCAUCUAUCAAGUUCUUUAUGUAUUCCCGUCACAAAAAAAAGUUAUUUAUAUGUUGACGCAUGACUUGACCGGGGAAGUGGUUUCCGACGAAUAACGUACAUAAGUACUUUUAUAGCAGUUCGAUUAAUGGUGUCCGGUUAAAGAAAACGUGUCUGAAGGUGUUUUUUUUUUAAUGUUUGAAAUGUAUUUUUUUUAGAUAAAUAAUCAUUUUCGUGUCUGAA